AUGAAGAACAGUGAGAUGAGACCUCCAGGUUCAGCACCAUUACCAGAAGCUCACAAAGCUGAACAUGAAAUGAAAGAUCCCAAAGAAAGCAACCACGUCUAUAAUGAGAGAAGAACACACGGCAGAGGCCGUGGUGGGUACAAGGGACGUGCUGGCCGUGACAAUUAUACUUAUGGCCGUGGAUAUGGAAACCACAAUAACCGUAGUUAUGGUUCCAACUAUGGCCGUGGAAGAGCCAUUUUUGGCCGCGGUCGAGGCGGUAUAUCCAAGCCGUCUUACUCGACCAAAUCUGUUUGUCACAGGUGUGGGAUGAGUAACCAUUGGGCCAAGAACUUCAGAACCCCUAAACAUCUAUGUGAAGUCUAUCAAGAGAGUCUUAAGAACAAGAACCCAGAAGCUCAUAUGGUUCACGACAAUGGGAAUGAUGCUGAUGAUGAUUUCGACCAUGAAAAGGAGGAUCUAAUGGAUCAUGAGACAUCAGAUUGUCUUAAAGACUAA